CAACUAGUCAAAUGCACGUGUGCACAAAUACGACAAUCUAAAACCUUCCCUUAAACCUUAACGGCUUUGGCCUCCUCUUCUUCCAUUCGUUUCCGUUUCCGAUGCCAGCAGCCAUUUUCCAGGCCACAGCUUUAGCUGCGGAAACCCAUUUCUCUAUCUACUAUCAAUAAUCUACAUCUCUCUACAGAUCGAUAGAGAAGUGGGAAAUGAUAAUGAGCGAACUCUGUGGGCUCCCUACUCGCUGCCUCCGCUUCCUCCUCCCCUCUCCAUCACCACUUCCUCGCCGCUGCUUGUUCUCCUCCACCACUUGCUCCGUUUCCAUCGGGAACAAGAAAGAGAAGGUUGUUGUGAUUUCUGGUCCCACCGGUGCCGGUAAGACCCGCCUUGCAUUGGAGCUCGCCAAGCGGCUCAACGGGGAAAUCAUCAGCGCGGAUUCCGUCCAGGUAUAUCGUGGUCUUGAUGUUGGAUCUGCAAAGCCUUCCCCAAAUGAAAGAAAGGAAGUCCCACACCAUUUGAUUGACAUAUUGCACCCAUCUGAAGAUUAUUCAGUUGGACAAUUUUUUGAUGAUGCGAGGCAAGCCACACAAGAUAUUCUGGACAAUGGUCAUGUUCCCAUAAUUGCUGGUGGGACUGGAUUGUAUUUGCGAUGGUUUAUAUAUGGAAAGCCAGAUGUUCCAAAAGCCUCACCAGAGAUUGCAUUUGAAGCAUAUUCUGAGCUUGCAGAAUUGCAGAAGAAUGAGGACUGGAAUGCAGCUGUACAGUUAGUGGUCAAAGCAGGUGAUCCGAAGGCUCAAUUUUUGGCCACCAAUGAUUGGUACAGAUUACGACGCAGCCUUGAGAUAAUCAAGGCCAGUGGAUCUCCUCCAUCUGCUUUUCAAGUUCCAUAUGAUUCUUUCAAGGAACAAUUAGGUACAAGUUUAGCAGAGAAUUCUCACAAUGUGCAUUCAUCUGGUCAUGUACCUGAGGAAGUUAAACCAAAAGAUUUGGACUAUGAGUUUAUUUGUUUUUUCCUAUCAAGCCCUAGACUUGAUCUUUAUAGAUCAAUUGAUUACCGGUGUGAAGAUAUGCUUUCAGGAACUGAUGGGAUUUUGUCUGAGGCCAAAUGGCUUCUUGACAUAGGCCUUCUUCCAAAUUCCAACUCUGCAACUCGGGCAAUUGGUUAUAGACAAGCUAUGGAGUACCUUUUAAGGUGUAGGCAACAAGGGGAUAGGAGUUCUGCAGGAGAAUUUUAUGCUUUUCUAUCUGAGUUUCAGAAAGUAUCUAGAAAUUUUGCAAAAAGGCAAAUGACAUGGUUUCGUAAUGAACACAUCUAUUAUUGGCUUGAUGCUUCUAAGCCCCUGGAAAAGGUGCUGAACUUUAUUUAUAAUGCGUAUCAUGACCAAACUGGAACGUUGGUUGUUCCUGAAUCACUUAGAAUGAAGAAAGAUAUGUCUAAUCAUCGAGAAAUUAUCCAACUGAAGAUUUAUCGCACUAAAAAUAGGCAUUUUGUCAGCCGAAGUGAUUGUUCUGAUAUUCUAGACUGGAUAAGGACUCAAGGUGAAGCAGUGAGUAGUUAAGUUUGACUUUGAUUUAGCUCCUUUCGGCCUUUUGAAAUUCAAAAUUCAUAGGAGGAACUUCUUGAGUUUCAUGCAGAAGUAAGAAUCUGGCCUUCUAAUGGUGUCUGAAUUCUCCAUCAAAUUUCUGUUCCCUCGAGUGAUGUUUCUCUGCUGGAAUACUUGCAGAUUACAUUGAUCAACAUUCAUUGUUGAUUCACCUCCAUAUUCGCAAGCCAUGUUGAUGUCAUAUUGAGAAGUCAGUUGAGAAGAAUGUAUUUUCUGCAUAUAAUGUUUUUUUUUUUUUUUCUUUUCCUGUUGUAUAAUUUUUACUUUUUAUUUUUGGUUAAUAAUAUUUAUAAAGGAAUAGGACAGAAAGAGUUGAAUAGUAAACGAGCACAAUGUGUGUCUCUUUACACUAGUGUUAAUAGACUAAAGUAUUUUGUGAGAUUUGUGAAGGCUAGACAAGUAGAAAUAAUGUUGGUGUCUGGAGUUCUGUUUGAUGAUAUUAUUUAUUAGUUUAUUUUAUUUGAUUUACAAA